AUGUUUCCCGCCGCCCAGCGAAUCCUGUUGUCGGCCCUGACGGCGGCGACGACAGUCCUCCUCUCCGCCACACCGGCGUCCGCCGCCGCCGUCGCAGCCGCUCCCCCCGCUGCCGCCGCCGCCGCCGCCGUUCACCUCCGGCAGGCUGCUAUUCCCGUCAACGACUGGAUCACCAUCGACUCAAACGGCCAUGCCAAGACCAUCACGCCCUCCGUCGUCACCAGCAACGGGGCACUCACAACCAUCAGUCCGCCCCCCUACUCGCUGACGGGUUCCGUCUUCACCGUCACCGCAACCUCGGGCAGCGCACUCACGACGAGCACCGGCGCGCCGCCGCCGCCACAGGCGAGCAACACGCUGGGCUAUGGCGGCGUCUUCCCCGUCUGCAACAACAGGGUCGGCAAUGACUCUCCCUUCUGCUUCCCGGGACGGGGCAACACUCUGCACGUGGAGUCGACGUACUACAUCACCUGGGACACGACCUUCUUCGCAGACCCAGCCACCCCCGUCGUCAUCAUCGGCUUCGAUGUCGACAAUGGCGUCACCGACAGCGCGCCCGCCUUCUCCGUCACGAACCUCGUCGGCGGCGACGGCUGGGUGCCCUGGACCCCACGCGUCAGGGACCUCGAAGACCGCGACUCCAACAACAUGACCAUCAUCCUCGUCUACAGCGACCCGGAAACGGGCGAGGAGAUGAACAAGACGGGCCCCGUCUUCACCGUCCGCGCCACCGUCGACACUGACCCCUCGAGCUCGCGGCCGAACCUGCUCGCCAUCGUCCUACCCGUCAUCCUCAUCUCCCUCGCCAUCGCCGCCGUCAUGCUCUGGCUGUACAUCCGACGCCGCAGGCGCCACGCCGCCGCCGCCGCCGCCGCGCUGGAACGACAGAGCGUUCCCUACACGCCCACGAAGGGCCAAGCCCAGGCCCAGGCCCGCGACAUGACGCAUGCCCACAAGGGCAGCGCCGACAUCCAGCCGGGGCCGACGAGUCCUUCCUUGGACGAGUCUCCGGGGAGGAACGUGUUCCAGGACGAGGUCCGUAGACAGGACCGCGAGAGAAAGUAG